AUGUGUGACGACUCUGUAAAAAAUGCCCAAACAGGAUUAGAGGAUUUCACGGGAAUUUAUUCGUGGAUCCUUGAGCGGCUGCGCUUUGCUCGCCAGAGCCCCCAGCGAUCCGCCGGGACUGGGGGGGCCCGGCGGCUGCAGGCCCGGGCGGCUCGGAGGGGACAGCGGGCCGAGCUGCUGCACGUCUUCCACCUCCUGCCCGCCUUCCUGGUGAGGAUGAGCAGCGACGUCCUGGACACGGCGCUGAGGCUGCCGCACGUGAAGUACAUUGAGGAGGAUGCCUACGUCUUUGCCCAGAGCAUUCCCUGGAACCUGGGCAGGAUCGUGCCGCCACAGCCCAGCUCAGGAGCCUACAGCCCUCCCAACAAAGGUGACCUGGUCGAGAUUUACCUGCUGGACACCAGCGUGCAGAGCACCCACCGGGAGAUCGAGGGCAAGGUGACUGUGACUGGCUUCGAGAGCAUCCCCGAGGAGGAUGGCACCCACUUCCACAGGCAGGCCAGCAAGUGUGACAGCCACGGGACCCACGUGGCCGGGGUGCUGAGCGGGCGCGACGCCGGCGUGGCCACGGGGGCCAACAUCCGCAGCCUCCGGGUGCUGAACUGCCAGGGCAAGGGCACCGUCAGCGGGACCCUCAUGGCGCUGGAGUUCAUCAGCAGGGCGCUGCAGGCUCGGCCGAACGCGCCGCCGGUGGUGCUGCUGCCCCUGGCCGGCGGCCGCAGCCCCGCGCUGAACGCGGGCUGCCGGAGCACGGCGCGGAUGGGGGCCGUGGUGGUGGCGGCCGCCGGCAACUACAAGGACGAUGCGUGCCUCUACUCGCCUGCGUCCGAGCCGGAGGUCAUCACGGUGGGUGCCACCGACAGCGAGGACCACCCCGCCUCCAUCGGCACGCUGGGCACCAACUUCGGCCGCUGUGUGGAUCUGUUUGCCCCGGGGGACGACAUCGUCGGCGCCUCCAGCGACUGCAGCACGUGUUUCACGGCGCGGAGCGGGACGUCGCAGGCGGCCGCGCAUGUGGCAGGCAUCGCUGCCGUGCUGCUCAGCGCCGAGCCCCAGCUGAGCCUGGCCGAGCUGCGGCAGCGCCUCCUGCUCUUCUCCACCAAGAACGCCAUGGACACGGCGUGGAUCCCGGCGGAGCAGCGCCUGCAGACGCCCAACAGCGUGGCUGGGCUGCCCGCGCGGCUGCGAGCAGGUGUCACUGUGGGUUACACUGUGGAUAUCACUGUGGGCGACACUGAAGGUGACACUGUGGGUAUGACUGUGCGUGUCACUGUGGUUGCCACUGACAAGGACGGGCAGAAGCAGUGCGUGGCACACGGCGCUUUCCGGGGCCAGGGGGUUUAUGCCAUCGCCAGGUGCUGCACGUGGCCCAGGGCUGAAUGCCGGAUCAGUGCCAGCUCCCCGGCGGCCGAGGGGGCCGAGUGCUCGCCAGGAGAACACGUGCUGACUGGUAACACCCAACACGCGGGGUUACACACCUCUGAGCCUGACGGACAAGGGUGUUUCUUCCAGAAAAACGCUGGGAUUUGGGAGGAAAGGGUGGGUGGGGUUGCUGGGGUGGCAGGGAAGGGGUACACGUGCUGUGUGCUGGAGUGGGGAAGGUUGAGGGCUCUCUUGGGGCAUCCUUGGCACCAGCGUGUGCAUUGGGAUGCUGCUGUCUGCCCUGUGCCAGUGUCCCCUCUCCCCCGGGCAGGGUGCAGUUUCCACUCCCCAUCCGUGGUGCUGGGUGCCGGUGGCAGGCCCGUGGUGGGGCAGGGGAGGGGGCCCAGCCGCUGUGCCAGCAGGACAGGGGUGAUGGCACACGCCUUGUGCUGCCCCGCUGCCAGCCUCGAGUGCCAGCUGAAGGAGCACACGGCCCUGGAGCCCGAGGAGAAGGUGACAGUGUCCUGUGGGGACGGCUGGACGCUGGCGGGCUGUAACGCCGUGUCCCAGCGCCCUGGCUCCCUGGGCGCCUACGCCCUGCACAGUUCCUGCGUGGCAGCCGCCCUUCCCGGCAGCAGCCCGCCCGGAAACAACCUCCUCCAGCAUCUCCUCUGGUCCUGUAAAGCCACUGCUCCCCCAGACUUCCAAUGGCAUAAGCAACACGACUCCAGCUCCAGCAGGUACCAGGCAUUGAAUGUUUGA